UUCGGCGAGGCGCGUUCGUAAUGAAAGGAGCGCGUGAGCGGCGGUUGCUGUGACUUCCUCGCUCAUCGGCAGCUACAUUGUGUGGAAAGCAGCACGUUGUUGGCUUCUGCACGCUGUGAACUUUACGCCGAAAAUUCUCCUGUUCAAGGAGAAACCAGAUUUCAAAGCUACCAGCUAGUUUCUCAGACAACUGUUAGUUAACCCAGCUUGAGAAAUCAUGUCGGCCUCGGCGGCAAAAGUGAGUAAAAAGGAGCUGAACUCGAACCAUGACGGAGCGGACGAAACCUCCGAGAAAGAGCAGCAAGAAGCUAUUGAACACAUCGAUGAAGUUCAAAACGAAAUCGACAGGUUGAACGAGCAAGCCAGUGAGGAGAUCCUCAAAGUAGAACAGAAAUACAACAAACUCCGUCAGCCAUUCUUUCAGAAGAGGUCAGAACUGAUCGCCAAAAUCCCCAACUUCUGGGUCACCACGUUUGUAAACCAUCCACAGGUAUCUGCCCUACUGGGAGAGGAAGAUGAAGAAGCACUUCAUUACCUCAGCCGAGUGGAGGUGACAGAGUUUGAAGACAUCAAGUCGGGCUACAGAAUAGAUUUUUAUUUUGACGAAAAUCCAUACUUCGAAAACAAAGUACUUUCCAAAGAGUUCCAUUUGAAUGAGAGCGGGGACCCAUCUUCAAAGUCGACAGAAAUCAAAUGGAAAUCAGGAAAGGACCUGACCAAGCGAUCCAGCCAGACACAGAACAAAGCCGGAAGGAAGAGACAACAUGAAGAACCAGAGAGCUUCUUCACUUGGUUCACCGAUCACGCUGACGCCGGCGCUGAUGAGCUCGGGGAGGUCAUCAAGGAUGACAUCUGGCCAAACCCACUGCAGUACUACCUGGUUCCUGACAUGGAUGAUGAAGAAGGCGAAGGUGAGGAUGAUGACGAGGACGAGGAGGGUCUGGAGGACAUCGAUGAGGAGGGAGAUGAAGAUGGAGAGGAGGACGAAGAGGAUGAUGGAGAAGAUGGAGAGGAUGACGAGGGAGAAGACGACUAAGAAAUAACUUCAUCUACCCAGACCCUAAACCUUCUAUUCCCUGUUUGGUUUUUCCACUCACAUUCGGGAGCAGAGGUUAUAUAUUGUUUUUUUUUUGUUACUUUUUUUUAUAUAAAUCUUUGUGCGCUUCAUUUUCCAUUCUGAAGCCUCUUCACCUUGUUGGUGCCAUGUUAUGUUCUCCUUUGAAUCAUCUUAGGCCAAUGGCACUUUGCCCUGAAUUGUGAGUACCAUCCCGAAGUCAUCUCAAAAAUAAUAAAAAAUGUAUAAAAAUAGAAUCAGCACGGCAUCCUGAGUAGAAUUUAAGACAAUUCACACUGAAUUCCUCCUGUUAAAGGAUGUGUUUUUUAAAUUGACUUAAAGCCAUGGUGUAGUGACCCAGCGCUAGUUGACCCAUCAAUCCCCCCCCCCCCCAUCUAUUUUUUUCCAUUUGGGGUUUGAUCCCUAGAAGAAAAAACUUUUGUUUUCCCCUAUGUGGUUAACAAGUACCAGCUCAUUCCUUUUGACUUGUAAUGUUUAGUGGGAGGGGGGUGGGACAGGAGUAUGUUGGUUAUUGGGGAGAGUGGUUAUUUUGACACCAUUUCUAUGGGACUUUUUUUUUCAUUGUAUUGUUUUACAGAUAUCCAUGAGAUUUGAAAUGACAUUUUUAAUAAAGAACAAAAUGGAAAAAAAAAACAAGCUUGUAAAUUUUGGCCCCCAAUGCUUCAUGGGUAAAAUAAAAAAAACAACUUAUAACAUAGAAUUGACAAAGUCGCCUUUCCUUUUCUGCUGGGGGGGGGGGUUAAAUAAACCAUUUUAAUUUGAGGUGUAAAAUUUGCUUUGUUACAAUAAUAAAACUAAAUGUGUUUACAA